AUGUUCACCAAUUGGUUAGCGCCACCACCGACAACAACCCUGCCGCCGGAUACAAUCAUAGAGGUCGGUCCACCUCCUUUCACCCGCUAUGCCGCUCACAGUGCACUAGUUUCUGCUCACAGUGGUUACUUGCGAGCCGCUCUUCGUUCCGACAGGUCAUCGGCGACCGGCACUGACACUAUUCCAAUAUACGUUCCCAAUGUGACAACAGAUCAGUUCACCCCGCUUCUCACCUACAUGUACACUGGAUUUCUAGAUUUGAACAUAGAAAAUAUUUUCGGCGUUUUGCUUGCUACGCACAUUUUGCAUAUGCCUCGAGCGUUGGAACUGUGUCGUGCUUUUCUCUCCGCUACUCAACAAACGGAAAACUAUUUCGGCGCAUUGGGCAGUAUGUCCGGCAGUGCCGGAACUAACAGCCACAGUCUAUCAAAAGUUAAACCGGAAUCGGAAACCUGCAGCAGUGGCAGUAAGGUGGUACGGCCUAUCGCUAGCAAGGCAACCGGAAUUGGGCUUAAUUUUAUAGCACCACCAACGUCUCACAUAUCACUACCGAGUACUCAUACGCCAUUCAAAAGCUUGCUAACAGUCAGUCAGCCAACAGCAGCAAUAGUUGAAAAUGUUGAAAAUUCGACGCCUCCUCCGGGGAAUACGCUAGCUCCGUCAUCAUCGGAAACAACAGUUACAACUAACAACGAAAAACCCCUACUGCGUUCCGAGACAGAGGAAUCGAAAAGUAAUUCAAAAGAAUCAAAUCAAAAACGACAAUCAAAAUCAGUAAAACGUAAUUCAUCCAAAUCUGAAUCCGUAGUAACGACAGUAGUAAAGGACGCUAAUGGCACCGAUAAAGGUGUAAUCAUUGACAUCGCCAGCUGCGACGGUCCGGUCCGUUUCCGUCGGGUUCUCAACGACAGUUAUGGUACUAACAGUACGAACAACAUUGUCUGCAUAUCGGAUGAACCGAAAGGACAUUCGCGCUACAUGAGUUCAUCUUUUCAUCAACAGAUGGUGCGGAACAUCAACGAGCGGAAGCAGCAUCAAACAGCGAAUGAAAGCUAUAGUUGCGGCAGUAGCAAGGACGAAAACAGCCAGGACAACAACCAAUCCCAGGGAGCAAUUAGCGGCGUUGGUGCUACUGGUGUGACAGCAUCCGGUGGUGAAAUGUACAACUGCGUGUAUUGCAAGCACACAUUCAAAUCGCAAUACUGCUAUCAAAAGCAUGCAAAGCGUCAUCUGAUUCCACUUAGCAUGGAACCAGGCGGUAGUGGCAACAGUAGCAGCAACAGCAUAUUGGCACCGCCGGAUGAUGGUAUCAGUGAUAAGGGAGCUCACCCGACAAGACACCGAAAACCAAUGCUGCACUGUGGCAGCGGCAACGCUAAACGUGAAGUUAAACCACUGGAUAUGAACGUUCAGUACUAUCCGUGCAAAACAUGCGGGAGCAAAUUCCCCAGUUAUUACUUUGUACACAAGCAUAGAAAAAUGUGCCAUAUCGACGAGGAAAUGCUUUAA